CAGAGCCGGGAAACGAAAGUGUCCGGGAAUCGCUGCCGGCUCCCAGCUCUGCCAUGCCCGACACCCCCCCGGCCCCACAGCCGCCCAGCCCUGGCCCCCCAGCAGGUAACGGGAGGGGAGAGGAGGGGUCGCCGCUUCUUUGGAGGUGCAAAACCUGGCCCAGGGUCACCGCAGAAAGGGAGCCACCUCCUUCGGGAGAUGGAGACGGUGCUGCUGCCCCCCUGGAGAUGGGACCCCGGCCAGACUGCCCCCCAAGCUCUCCUCCACCCCGGCAGCCCAGGGAGCAGGAUGAUUUGGAGUUCAUCCUCUGCGAGGGCUGCCGGCGGGAAUCUCCCCACCUCAAGCUCCUCACCUGCCUCCACACCUUGUGCCUUGACUGCCUGAGUGAGAACAAGCCCGUCGGGCAGUGCCCUGUGUGCUGGACACCCAUCCCUCAGGCCAACGGCAUCCCCACCAUGGACAACCUCCUCUUUGCCAACCUGCAAGCCAGGCUGAAGGUCUACAGGAAGAUCAACCGUGGCGAGGGGCCCGGCUGCAGCCGGUGUGAGAGGAACGUGGCAGCGGUGUGGUGCCCUGAGUGUGAAGAUUUCCUCUGUGCCAAGUGCUUUGAGGACCACCAGUGGUUCUUCAAGAAGAAGAACCACGAGGCCAAGAGGGUGGAGGACCUGCGUUCCGAGUCAGCCCACUGUUUCCUGGAAAGCACCAGGAAGUCAUGCAGCCUCUUCUGUUCCACUCCGGGUCACGCCAGCAAGGACUUUGUGUCCAGCAUCUACUGCCGGCAGUGCCAGCGGGCACUGUGCUGCUCCUGCGCGCUGCUGGACGGCCCGCACACCUUCUGCGACAUCGGCAGCGAGAGCCAGCGCAGGCGGGAGGAGCUGGACAGCCUGGCCCGGCAGCUGGGCCCCGGGAGAAGCAGCUUGGAGGGCAGGCACCGGGUGCUGCGGGAGGAGGCCGCCCGGUUGGAGCGGGAGCAGCAGGAGAUGCGGGAGCUGAUCCGGCAGCGGGUGGAGGAGCUGGUGCGGGCGCUGCGGCGGGAGGAAGAGGAGCUGGUGCGGGCGGUGGAGAGGAGGCAGGAGCAGGGCCGGCAGGAGCUGGAGCGGGAGCUGCGGCGUCUGGAGGGAGCGCUGAAGCGGAUGGAGGCAGGCGAGAGGCUGGUGGAGAAGCUGAGCCUGUACGGCACGGCCCAGGAGGUGAUGGACAUGCAGCCCUUCAUCAAAGCCUCGCUGGAGGAGCUGCAGCGGCUGGAGCCGGCGGAGCUGGCCCGGGAGAGAGUGCAGCCCGGGGACUUGGGAGAGUGCAGGGCACGGCUGCAGGCACUGGUGGAGCGGGUGAUGGGACGGGCAGGUACCAAUUCCCAAGCUGCCCCUGUGGUUGAGGUGGCCCUGGAGAAUGACCAGCAAGAGGAGGUCAUCCAGCCCACCUUCACCAUCAGCCUCAGGGACAUGCACACCAGCCCGACCCCCUCCAGGCACAUCUCACCCAAACGUCUGAAGCUGGAGUCUGACAACAGGCCUGGCCCCAGCAAUCCCAGUUCAAACCAGUGGGAUGGCAGAACAGGGCCUGGCACCCCCACGCUGAGGAGGAACUGCAGCAGCACCCCUGCCACCAACAGCCACAGUGAUGAUGCAGAAGACACCAGCAUCAUCAUCAGCUCAGAGGACAGUGAGGAAGACACAGUGGCCUUCAGCAAGCCCCACGACAGCGAGAAGCCCUCCAGCCCCCCCUGGUCCGAGAGUGGCACAUCACCCCAUCACAGCACUGGCUCCACCAGUCCCUGGGACGUCAUGCCGGAGCUGAGCACCUUGGUGUUCCUCAGCUUGAAGGUUGACCAGAAAACCCAGCACAUCACGGAGGUGGCAGCAACCAGCGGAGAGCACACCUUCAAGAUGCUGAUUCAGACCCCUGAGUCGGUGCUGGCACUACUCUCCCAGGGUGUCACCAUGGAGGUGGGGAUGCAGAACCUCCUCUGGUAUCUCUCCUCGGUCCCCAGGCCCAUCCUCAUCGUUAAUAACUUCUGGGGGCCGGAGCUGCUGGCUCUCUUUAGAGCCCUGGAUGCCACAGGCAGGAAAGUGGACUUCUGCCACCUGGUGAGUGGUUAUGUGGACAUGUUGUCCUUGAUCAAGGAAAAACUGCCCCGGGCCCCUUCCUACAAGCUGAAGGACCUGGUGCAAGAGCACCUGGAGCAGCAGGUGGGUGUGGGCAGCACUCUGGCCAGAGCCAAGGCCUUGCAGAAGCUGUGGUGGGUGCUGGGGUUCCCUGCCCAGCCCGAGGCAGGGAUGCUGCUCACCCACUGUGCUCUGCAGAGCUACAGCAUGCUGCAGCCCGUCGUGCAGAAGAGGCUGCUCACCAGGAGGGCAGCCAAAAUCCUGGCCCGUCACCACCUCAUCUUCUGGAAGCUGAAAGAGGUGCAAGGGCAGCGUGGGUGACAUGAGCUGGGCUAGCCAUGUCCCUUCUGUGCCACCCCAGGGCUGCAGGGAUGCUCUCCGGAGGUGCUCGCAGCAGCCUCAAAAUGGGACCCACAAACCCUCCCCCAUCCCAGCAGGGGGAGAGGAAAAAGGUUCGGGACCCCGGGUCAGCUCUAGAGGGGAGAAAGCACCCGAUCAAAUGAAUAAAUAUCUUUUAAAAUAAAUGAGGGGAGGAACCACCCAAUCAAAUGAAUAAAUAUCUUUUAAAUAAAUGAGGGGAGGAACCACUC